UUAUCGAUAGAAAGCCGGUGCUCGGAGGUUGGUCCCAAACCGGUUCUCGCUUAGAACGAGGCCCUCGGCUGACAUUCGCUCAUCCUCAUCGCCAACUUACUCGACUCUUCUCUUCUGCAGUGUUUUCGCCUGAUAAUGACGAGAUGAAAGCGGUCUCGGUCCUGCUAUCGCUCUUGCUCGCAUGGAUUGCGGCAGCUCUGCCUCCGCAGCGAGCAGCGCUCGACAAAGAGCAGGCGGCAGCGCUCUACAAGGCCUUCCCGCCUUUCCCUGCGCUGGAUCCUCACUUCCCGCCCGGGGGCUCGACACCUGCGCUGCUCUCGCCGAUUCUCAUUCCUCGCACGCCGGGGUCCGAGAACGCGUCUCUUGUGCGGCAGCAUUUUGUUGACCACUUUGCCGCUCUGGGUGACAGCUGGACCCUGCUCCGCGACGAGUUCACAGCUCCCGUGCCCGAGUACGGUGGCCUGUCCGGCACCCUCAACUUCACAAACCUCAUCUUCAGACUCAAUCCGCCUGGCUACGACGCCGACGAUAUCUCUGCAAAAUACCUCACUCUUGUCGCACACUACGACUCCAAGAUCGCUCCGCACGGCUUCAUCGGCGCCACAGACUCUGCCGUCCCGUGCGCAAUCCUGAUGUACAUCGCGCAGGCCCUCACAGCGGCCACGCGACGACGGUGGGCAGAUGACCCGUGGGCCGCACAGAGCGAUCUUGCGCUGCAAAUCAUUUUCAUGGACGGCGAAGAGGCGCUGGUCGAGUGGUCUGCCAAGGACUCGCUCUACGGAGCGCGGCAUCUGGCCGAGCGAUGGGAGGCAGAGACAAGGGCGUAUCCGUAUGGACGACUGUCCGAGAUCCAGAAUAUUGAUCUUUUUGUCCUCCUCGACCUCCUUGGCGCCGAAGCACCUACUGUUCCUUGUUUCUUUGGAAUGACUGCCUGGGCGUGUCGGCAGCUCUCCGACACCGAGUCAAUGCUCCGCAGCGCAGGCAUCGCCGCCUCAAACAAAAACACAGACGCAAACAGCAAAAAACAAAAGAACUACAUCAACCCGACAAACCUGAUGACAAACGCAUUUGUCGACGACGACCACAUGCCGUUCUUGAAACGGGGAACCCCCGUCCUGCACAUCAUCCCGGUCCCGUUCCCGCUCUCGUGGCAUACCAUCCUCGAUAACGGCGAUAACCUCAGUUUGGACGCAAUCCAUGAUUGGAGUAUAUUUUUGGCUACCUGGGUUGCCGGGUAUCUUGGGCUUGCUGAGUAUAUAGAGUGAGAGUAAAAGUUAAAUACAAUUGAUUUGGUACUAUAGUAUACUACAAUGAAUGUAUAUAAUGCGAUGGUUUUAAAAAUACAG